GUUAUUAUUACACUUUAAUUUUUGUUCACAUAGAUUAAAACAGAUAUGCAACCUUGUUAGCAUAAUAUCAAAUAUAUUAGAACAUUUUUUAACAUGAAUAUGCUUCUAAAGGCAUUGUCAAACUUUUAAAAUUCAAAAGUAUUUUACAGGUGACGUUCUUAUAAAAUAUAUUUAACAUUUUCUUCCUUAUUGGUAAAAUCAAAAGUAUAUGUAUACUAUUCUAAAAUUUGCAUUCAGACCUAUAAAUAUACUAGUAUCGAGGAUAUCAUACAUGUUUAUAUUUUUGUCUCCACGCAGGCGCGUAAAUGUGCGCAUAUUGCAAACUUCAAAUGACGCCAGCUCUAAGCGAAACCGGAAAAUGUUCCUCAUCAGUUAUGGAUUGGUGUAAACUGUACAAAUUGUGAUCACUGAUGUAAUCUGCGAAUCAUUUUAAAAAGAAGCACGUCUCUAAAUACAAAUUGUACUACAUUUUGUAAAUACUUAUAUUCACAUUCGCCCUAUCCUUUUCCGUUGAAAAUUUUGACGUUCAUUUCGUAUGAACAGCAAAAGGAAUGGCGCGAAAGUUACAUCAUCGCUGCUUAGUGAUAACCGACCGCUGUUUUGACGACGUCCGCGUAUAGUCAAGGAGAACGUUCCUUAGAUGACGUCGCAGUUGUUCCGUCUGGUGAACAGAAUGGCCGGUUUUUACAUGACUUGAAAGGAAUAGUAUAUAAAAACACACAGAGCACAUAUAUGUCAAAUGGCCACCUACAAAAUGACACAUAGUAGAGAAGAGGAACUAAAGACCUGCCAGAGACGCCUGGAGUACUUGAGUAGCCGGUUACAGGACCUCGCCAUCGAGAUAGGGGACGGACAGGGUGCUGUUUGGCUUAAACAAAACAUGUGGUUUUUGAAUAAGCCAGCUUUGUUUUUUGACGACGUGUUGUAUUCUGUUGGAAAGAUCUGCAACCAUCUAGUGUCCUACCUUACUUUUCAUAAACAAAAGUUAGCUUCUAAUUUUCCAUUCCUGUCAUAUAUGGGCAUUCUGUAUGAAGUUGGCGAGAUAUUGGGUAUAGUUAGAGAUAUGCUUCUUGUAAACCCAAGUGAAAGCCUUUCUGUUAAACAGAGUCAGAUAGAUUUGUUUUGGACAGACUGUACACCCUUCCUUUUUAUUUUCGAGAACAGUAACUAUUUAUUGCUAAGUUCGAAACAGAUCCCGCUAUACAUGCGAGCUUUACUGGACCUUGUUCCUGCGGUUAUACAGGUGGGAAUGUGCAUGUACUGUUCUCCAGAAUCACAACUCAGAGGCUUUGACUGUUUUGCCGAGACAUGUAUUCGUCUAUCAAAGGCUCUGGUUGAACCGGGAGAAUUUUUGUCAAUGGCAGAACAACUAGAACCAAUUAUAGUGCCAUUUUUAAGACAAUGGAUAUUGUUUGCGCUAGAGCUGGUACAAAAUGGUGUUAAAGUCAGAACAGACAUGACGUUUUUGUCUCCGAGAGUUUCUGCGAGAUUAGACGAGGCUAAACGAGAGUUCAGACAGACAAUAAGUAACGAAGACAGUGAUGCUACCGUUCCAAAAACUCUCAAUGUGUUAUCCCUAUCUUCUGAUUCAUCCUUACCAGACGAAGUAGCAGAAUCUUCUCUCGCACCAUUAAAAAUAAGAAACUCGUGUCUCGUGCGAGCCGCGUGCCAACCAUACAAAUGGAUAGACGUUGCUAAUACGAGGCUUGCUAAUUGUCCUAAUGAACAACGCAAAGGAUAUUUAGAAGAAAUAGGUUUACGAGAGAAUCAGAAGUUAAUUUCAGACAUAUUUAUAAUGUAUGGGAAGACACCAAAUUCAUGGAAAGGAAUUAAAGUCCACUGUCCAUUGACAAAACGUUAUGAUGAGGUUAAAGUGAAAUUAUUCAUUAAGGUGAAAGUUGGUGAACAAUGGGAAGAAAGGGAUGCGCAAUAUGAUCGAAACUUUGGUAAAGGGGAUUUUCUGGUAUUCGAAGGUUGCAAGUUAGAUGGUUUUGUUGCCAUCGAAGAACGCCCUUUAACCAAGAAGCAGAUAGGCCCCGAGGGCGGAAAACUAUCCACACCAUACGAUCCAAAUAUGGAGGCUACUAUUCCUAAAGGAACGAGAUCGAAAGCCUCUCUAGUCAAAAUGAUGGUGCAACCAACUGAUAAACCAGCAGAACGACAGUAUCGCGCCGCCUGCCCUGAAGAUUUCAAACACAUUAAAGCCACCUCACAUGCCAUAGAAUUAGACGGAAUCAGCAUGGAAGAGAAAAACAUUUCCAUUAAAAUACCAUUUACUGUACUAAAUGAUCCUAACACAAAAAUUCUUGUGUUGAAGUAUACAAGUGACAAUAUAGAAGUGAAUGAUAGCGAGGGGAUGUUAGAAGAAACAGGGGAGAACAUUUUUACUGUAAGCUCGGGAAAUGGAGGAACGGUUUUAGCAACAGUUGACAGAACGUACAGUACCGGAACUGAAGCCCUUGUCAGAAAGGAGAUGGAGGUCCUUCUAGGCAAGAAACAACUCUGCAAACUACUUAUUUUUGUUGAAAACCAAAAUGCUCAACAUGAAGCACAAGCUGACCUGAACCAAAUCGUGUUGAGUGUUGUUUGUGCUGAAAAAUAUCGACUGUCAGAUGUUAUUAAAGAUAAAGCUAAAAUUGGUCUAAUUGAACUUCCGAAAAGCCAAUCUCCUGAUCGUCUGCUAAAGCAAGCAGACGACAUCAAGCUUGAAAUCAAAGGGAGUGUGUCACUUGACCCGGAUAUACCAGAAGAUGCUUAUACUUUGACCUACCUUGAGGGUUCUGAUAACUACGUACGAUUUCCUGUGAAAGUAGCAGAUUUCAAUGGGAAAAUAACUUUUGUUCUGCGUCUAGGGAGAGAUAACUCUGUGCUGCACACAUACUUCUGCAGUGUACAGGAUAUUCUAGCUUUAAUUGUUCAAGGGUACAUAGCGCCUACCCCACCCGCUUCUCCAGGGACAGAGGACGAUGUCUUUAGUAGUUACCAAGUUUCAGAGAAGACAAAGGAGGAACCUCAGCCAGAGAAGGAGACGGAAGUUAUUAAAGAUAAACUUAGAAAACCAGAAACAAUUUUGCGGUCAAAAACGUACGAAUUUGAAGACAACAAGCAUGGUUUUACACCGUCACUAAUGAGGGAGACGUCGUCGUCCUCAGUAUCACUAGAUGAAAAUGAGCCAACGGAACCGGAUAAAGAAGCUUCCUUAAAAAUCCUCAACAGAAACAGUUUGGUGAAUCUUGCAAAGUAUGUAAUCAGUGACGAAGGGAGUCUCCUUGGUGUUUGCCUGGGUCUAAAGCCUGAGAAAAUCAGCCAGAUAUAUAGAAUGUACCGCCAUAGUAGUUCACUAGCGUCUUUCUACGUGUUGUACGAAUGGAGAGGGCGGAAGACACAAGCAGAUUUGGCAGACAAACUUAUACAAGCACUGUUUGACAUUGGAAGGAGAGAUCUUGCUAACAUUGUGUCUGAUGUUCGCAAACAAAAUCGGGGACUUUCAUCAGAAGAUUUUGCCCAUUUAAACACUCGACAAAGGACAAGGAGAUCAUAGAAUAAAACCAUAGUAGACAUGAUUUAAUGCGGCAUGUAGUUAUAAACUACUGUACUGCAUUUAAGAACUUUUCGUUUGAGCUCAAACAAAAUAAGUUCGGGAGAAAGAUACAUUAUAUUGUGUUGCUUGCUUACACACUUCGCCAAACGUUAGUGCAUAUGGAAGAAGUGAGGGACCACACUAACCACUAUACCGAGUCUAAAUCAUAUAGCUUUCACCAGCGCUUCUGUUGUACUUUGUUUAUCCUGAAAUUUUGCUAGGAUGUCUUCUUGCAAAUUGUUAUUAACAUAUGACGGGGUACUAAAAAGUUAAUCAGUGCAUAGCCGAAGUUUUGUCUUGUGAUCUUUUUAAUAUACAUUGUAUGUCAUUUUAUAAGUUUAUUUACAAACAUUAAAGAUAAAUUAUGUGAUAUGUCAACAAACGUUACUGAAUGUGACUUUCAAACUUUGUUUCAAAACGAAAAGUAAUUGCUAGUAACCAACUGGAAGUGCAAAUGAAGUUAUUUUUGUUCGUUUUUUUUUAUAAACAAAAGUACAAAAUUCAUUGCAAUUCCUAAAACAAACACAUGUGAACUGUCUGGUGCAUUCUGUAAAUGUUGUGCAAGAUGAGUUCUGUAUAGAUGCCUGUCUACAAAACGAUGGUAUCGUAUUACCUUGAGAGUAUUAUGUAAAUUAUAACAUGUAAGUAGUGCAAUCGAAUAAGAAUAUCCAAGGUGUUGUAGAACUUCAUUUCGUUGUUGCUUGUGAAAUAUAAUAUAUAGUUAUGUGCGUGUGUUUGCUUGAUUUUGUUCAAGAGGAGCUUUAUUUGGAAUAUAAGCACCUUGCAAUGCUUACAUGAAUUAUAUUCAGAUAAAUUAUUGAAAUGCAAUGCAAUAAUAAGAUUAAUUUUAAAAGA